CCAGCACCGUGGAGGCUCCUCGCUCGCCCUAGCCGGCCACCCCACCCGCUUGGGUCGCGCAUAAGGCGGACAAAAGCAGCCGGAUGCGCACCAUGCGGUGGCUGGGCGCGCCUCUUGGCCUGGGCUGGUGAGCGCUGCCACUCCGCGCGCGCCCCGGGUGCCACGCAGCGCACCGCACCGAGUUCCCAGAUCCGCUCGGACCCCAUCCGCCUGGGGGCGCCGCGCACUGCGACUCACCGACUCACCGGGGGCCGCGGCUACCUCCUCCCAGAUCCCGAGCCGCUGCCUCCGCCGCCGCGGGCCAUGGAGGUGGCGCCGGAGCAGCCUCGCUGGAUGGCGCACCCCGCGGUGCUGAACGCUCAGCACCCCGACUCGCACCACCCGGGGCUGGCGCACAACUACAUGGAGCCGGCUCAGCUGCUGCCCCCGGACGAAGUGGACGUCUUCUUUAAUCACCUCGAUUCGCAGGGCAACCCCUACUACGCCAACCCGGCCCAUGCGCGGGCACGCGUCUCCUACAGCCCGGCGCACGCUCGCCUGACCGGAGGUCAGAUGUGCCGUCCCCACUUGCUGCACAGCCCCGGGUUGCCCUGGCUGGAUGGGGGCAAAGCAGCCCUGUCGGCCGCGGCCGCGCACCACCACAAUCCCUGGACCGUGAGCCCCUUUUCCAAGACCCCCCUGCACCCCUCAGCUGCCGGAGGCCCUGGAGGACCCCUCUCCGUCUACCCAGGGGCGGCUGGAGGCAGCGGGGGAGGCAGCGGAGGCUCGGUGGCCUCCCUCACCCCCACGGCCGCCCACUCUGGUUCCCAUCUCUUCGGCUUCCCACCGACGCCACCCAAAGAGGUGUCUCCAGACCCGAGCGCCACGGGGGCCGCCUCCCCGGCCUCGUCUUCGGCAGGGGGCAGCGCAGCAGCCCGGGGGGAGGACAAGGACGGUGUCAAGUACCAAGUGUCACUGACCGAAAGCAUGAAAUUGGAGGGCGGUAGCCCUUUGCGCCCAGGUCUGGCCACCAUGGGCACGCAGCCUGCCACCCACCACCCCAUCCCCACCUACCCCUCCUAUGUGCCCGCCGCUGCGCACGAAUAUGGCAGCGGACUCUUCCACCCAGGGGGCUUUCUGGGUGGUCCAGCCUCGAGCUUCACCCCGAAGCAGAGGAGCAAGGCACGAUCCUGCUCAGAAGGCCGAGAGUGUGUCAACUGCGGAGCCACGGCCACUCCUCUGUGGCGGCGAGAUGGGACCGGUCACUACCUGUGUAAUGCCUGUGGGCUGUAUCACAAGAUGAACGGGCAGAACCGACCCCUGAUCAAACCCAAGCGGAGACUGUCGGCCGCCCGGAGAGCUGGCACCUGUUGUGCGAAUUGUCAGACGACAACCACCACCUUAUGGCGCCGGAAUGCCAACGGGGACCCGGUGUGCAACGCCUGUGGCCUCUACUACAAGCUGCACAAUGUUAACCGGCCGCUGACCAUGAAGAAGGAGGGAAUCCAGACCCGCAAUCGGAAAAUGUCCAACAAAUCCAAGAAGAGCAAGAAGGGGACCGAGGGUCUGGAGGAGCUGUCCAGGUGCAUGCAGGACAAGUCGUCGCCCUUCAGUGCCGCCGCCCUGGCCGGACACAUGGCCCCCGUGGGUCACCUCCCGCCCUUCAGCCACUCGGGACACAUCCUGCCCACGCCCACGCCCAUCCAUCCUUCCUCCAGUCUCUCCUUUGGACACCCCCACCCCUCCAGCAUGGUGACCGCCAUGGGCUAGGGGACAAGCCACCCCGCUGGACAGAGACAGACGGACAGACAGAGGCGGGUGGCCCUUGCAGGGCACGCAGCUCCCAGGAACGGGAGGUGGGGGGACCCGUCCGUUCCGCUGCCCACCCUUCUCUGGACACUGACACCAGCCCAGCCGGAGCCUAAAGCCACCUCGUCCUCGCCUUGGAAGGCCACCGUACCCGGGGCCCAGCAGCCUGUCUGCAAGUUACUGUGAAUCUUUUUCACCUGGGCUGGGAGGUGGCCCGUCCAGGUGACAUUUCCUUCAUGAACAAGGUUCAGAGAGCAAAAAAAAAAAAAAAGACCCUUUAUGGUGACAGAGGUGAGGACCUGGAGGUCUCUAGGGGACCAGGGCUCUCGGGGACAGAUGUCUGCGAAUCUCAGCCUGUGUCCCCUUUUUCCUGUGGCCGCUCUCUCUCUCUCUGAAACAGCUGGGCUGAGCCAAGGCCAAGAGGGGUUGCUGGUGGUUGGUGGCAGUGACCAGGGGACGCCAGCCUUGUGCACCCUGAGAGCUGGCCGGGCCCGAGAAGGCAGAGACAAUCGCGGGCGGUCCCCACAGUGGUUCCCAGGCCGGGGCGGGUCACAGGAAGGAAACAACAUUUUUCUUGAAAGGGGAAACGUCUCCCCAGAUCCCUCCCUCGGCUUUAAGGCCAGAGCUGGACCCGCGGCCCCCCGAGGUAUGCGCCCUUCACGGGGCCCAAAGCCAUGAUUGGCCUCCAUUCUCUGCCAGGUAGACCUCUGUAAAUACAUCCUUUUUCUGACCACUCCCCCUUUCCCACUCUGAGACAAAGAAGAAACUAUUAAAAAUGGAAAAAAAAAAAUCAAACUGCAUACGUUGAACUCACCGAUGAGUUAAUUGUCUUAUUUUGAAACUAGUUUUUGGGGUCCAGUCAAUGAUAGGUGACCCACAGGAGCCCUGCUAUAUAUAUACAUAUAUAAAAUUACAAACCAAUGGGGGAGCUUGGAGAUUAUUUCUGGAAAGUUCUUGGAUCCCACAAUUCCUAGCAGGAGAGCUGGGAGUACCAGCAACGGGGAGGGGCUGCUCUUGGUUUUGGGGGGCAGUGGCGGCCUGGUGGGGGACAUCUGGGCAGGAAUGGGGUGGAGUCAGUCCCCUCUGGGGUCCCCUGGUUUUUGUGUGUGGCCCUCUGGACCCUUCCAAGGUACAGCUGUACAUAGACAUGUCCUAAGCUUAAGAGUCUGUAGGUGGUGAUCUUGGGGGUGCAGUGGCCGGAGAGGGGACCGUCCCCCCCCCCCCGUCCCCAGCUCUGGAAGACACCUGUCCACCAAGUGCCAUGUCUUGGGCUGGGGAAAUCACCACACCCCAGAAAGUAACUUAUUUUGUACUAGUAUCCGCCUGAGAAAAAAAAAGAAUCGGCAGUAUUUUCUGUUUCUGUGUUUUAUUUGGGAUUUAGUGAACUAAGUUAUUGUUAAUUAUGUACAACAUUUAUAUAUUGUCUGUUAAAAAAAAUUGUAUGCUACCCGCCUAUCCUUAAAAGUGAAUACUGUUAAGAAUAAUAAAAAAAAAAUACUUUUUUUGUGAA